CCUUUGGCUGAAAAAGGGCAGGGCUGUCCAAAUUCUCUGAAGCUCAGAUUGGGUCAUGAAGCAGAGAAGUCUGUGGACAGGGUAGUUAUAGGUCUGAAAGAUGCAGUUAUCACUGAAAAUCACCCCAACAUGUACCAUGUAAGGAGUGCGAUGAAAUUACAUUCUCCGCAUAUAGUAUAUGCAAAAAACAUGCAGGGAAGUACCGAAAUAUGGAAUACUAUUAUCGGCAAAAGCUUGCAAAAAUCCAGAAUAAAUUCUACUAGCAAACCAUCCCAGAAAACCUGUCCUAGUUUGCUGGGAUGA